AUGUCGAGUCAUUACCGAAAUUUGUCUCCAAGUCGAGCCCGACACUCCAUGAUUGAUCCCAUGAGAGCGUCAACCGGCAUGGUAGAACUAAGCUCCUCCUACGACCCUUAUGAUGCGCCCAGGCGCUACGAUUACGCCGACUACCCAUCUGAUACUGGAUACACCAGUGCUUAUGGGUACCGCUCAGGGCGACCAUCGAAACUCGAAGCACACCAAAUAUCCUCCCAUCGAGUCCGUGAUCCGACUGCGUCCGCCAAAAAGCGCACCGAAUACAGCGUCCAGCCCCGCACCAGGCACAGAAGCAACACAUCGACAGCUGCGGAGUACGGGACACCAGUGCGUCUAUCUGUACCUUCCAUAUCCCGUCAACAUCUGUCGCCCGUGCACCACUCAAUUCACCGCCGUACCCCGAGCCCUCUGCACAUAGACACCGGCCAUCAUAUGGCCCCUGCUUCUCCUCGGCAUCCCGCACAUCGCCGAAUCUACAGCACCGACUAUGCGAGCGACACAGGCCAUAUCGGCUCACGAAAUGAUGCUAGAUACAGGAAUGAUCACAGUCCGCAUCAACAUCGUGUCCAUCCACCGCCUCGUACAGCACGGUAUCCAGUGUACGACGGGCUGAGGAAAGGCGACGACAUCGACGACUUUGAUGCCUAUUCAUACACCAACGCCCGUGAGCAAUUCGACCGGGACUAUCCUGUCAAGCCGCGCCAUCGCGGACCGAGAUACUCACUCGAUCGGCCGCUCAGUAUCACUGGCGCAGAAGAAAAUCCUCAGUGGACAGCGCGGAAAGACCGUCAAUAUGGCCCACCCCCGACAUCGUGGGGCCUUGACAAGAUCGGGCGUGAACGGCCGCGAGGCUCAACGCAUGGCAAGGAUGAUCAUCGGGACCCGCACAGAUCGAAGGAUGGAUUCCACGAUCAAGCCCUGGUUGCCGUGCCUCAAGACUCUGACGAUGAAUACCCCUCUCGACACGACGAGCGCCGCCGUCGCCGUGCCCACAGAGCGCGCCAUGCGAAUGAUCGGGAGUACCACUAUCCAGAAGACCACCAUGCGAAGCCACAUGACGCGGGCGCUCUCGCUACUAUGGGGCUUGGAACAGCGGCCUUGGGAGGCGGAUACUCCGACAUGUCAGACUACGAAAAUCUCCGUCCGUCGCGACGGAAGCACAGACGCCCACACCGCGAUCAUGAGCAUGAUGCCGUUCAGCACCCAUCGCAAGAGCUGGUAGAAACCGUUCCAGGCGAUGAAAGAACCAAGGCCUACCUGGAUCCCGCCGACGCUCGUCGCCACGGUCGAUCACGGCGGCACCGGACGCACAGCGAUUAUGCCGACACGUCAGACGAAGACUUGCGAAACUACAGGCGUGAGCCCGCACGUCGCAGACACAGCAGCACAGACACCGAAAGUGACCGCGAUCGCAGUCGGGACCGCUCGCACCAUAGGCGAGACCGAGACCACUCGCGUGGAUACCGUUCUUCUCGCUCCCACCGCAUGCUGGAGGAUGGCCACGCUAUUGAGCCGCGACGAUCGCCACCACUUGACAUGGCCAAAGAUGACCCCAGAAGACUUAUUGCUGUCGAUCCGCCUGCUCCAAAGGAGCCCGAGGGUCCUCCUAAAGGAAUCCUCAAGCCUCCGCGUGAGGCAUUCCCGGAGGAACCCAAUCCGGUGAGGGAGGGCGUCGCUCCCCUCAAAGACGCCCAUAAGCAGGGAAUCCCACCGGGAGCUCGCUGGACGAAGAUCGACCGGCGACUCGUGAAUCCGGAGGCAUUGGAAGCGGGCAAUGAACGGUUCGAGGAGCGAUCGGAUUAUGUGAUUGUCUUGAGGGUUUUGAGCAAGGAGGAAAUCCAGCAGUAUGCUGUGAAGACACAGGAGAUUAGAGAUACCCGACACAAGGAACAGCUGCGCGAGAGACGCAAGUCCAGAGAUGAGACCCAACGCCACGGACGCCGGGGCGAGGAGUCUUCCAGCGACGACGAGGACGAGGGCGAGGAAGAACCCUGGAAGGAGCUCGAAGCCGCUCCUGCACCAACCGCACAGAAGAUGACCUUGCCGUCGCGACCACGCGCCUCGACCAACUCAAUGCAUGAGGCUGAAAGGUCUAGAAUGAGCAAUCCACCUGCUGCGCCGGUAUAG